AGUCAACGUUUGUCAACUGCAGCUACAAGUUCUCAUAUCUAAGAAUGAAACUAAUAUUUUAUUUUUUGGUUCUCGCUGCAUACGUGGGCAGUUCCUUAGCCCUUAAAAAUGAGGUGUGCGGAUUGCCACAUAAUUCAGAAAGUAACGGCGGGUGCCUGGCUCACUUCGAAAAAUGGUCCUAUAAUACUGUGACCAAAGAAUGCGCAUUGUUUAUUUAUGGAGGCUGCGGUGGAAACGCUAAUAGAUUUUCGAGCCGAAAAGAUUGUGAGGACAAGUGCCUGGAGUGAAUACCCGAAAAUUAAUCAUGAUAGGUUGACAUGAUCUAACUAAUUAUGUUAGCCAAAGUUGCUUAAGCAUUUUUGUAAAAUAUGCAAUCGGGCCAGAAUAUUAAACAAUAUAUUGAUAAUCCCUAAAGA